AAGGAGGAUAAGGUCUGAGGAUAAAUACUACUCUAGUCUAUUCUUAUCAAAAAACAUCCUCAUUCUAUUUUAUGUGUGAUAAUCCUUUUAAAGGAUUUUAUUUAAUGAACAAUGGUUGUUACAGUAGCAGAAUUAAACAAAAUUUUACGAACAGCUAAAAACUUUGAACGUGCUCUUAGUAAGGUCCAUGUAACUUCCUUAGGUGACGGCAAAUGCACUGCAGAAUUAAAAAUCGAAGAAGAACACACAAACGUGAUGGGUGGUUUGCACGGUGGAUUAUCAGCCACUUUAGUUGAUAGCAUUUCUACUUAUGCCUUGGUCAGUCAUAGGCAUGGUGUAUGUCCAAAUGUAUCUGUUCAUAUAAAUACAGAAUAUAUCAAAGGAGCCAAGUUAGGAGAUGAAAUUCAAAUUGAAGCUAAUACUGUUAAAGUUGGGAGGACAUUAUCAUUUUUAGAAGUUUUUAUUAAAGAUAAAAAAACAGGAGCACUUUUGGUUAAAGGAUCACACACCAAAUAUAUGAUGUGGCCAAAGGAUGAAAAAUAAACAAGAGUUUUUGUGAUUUCUGUAGAAAAACAAUUUGUUAAAAGUUAUUUAUGAUUUUUUUUUUGUAGUUUUACAUUGUUUUAAAUUUUAAGCAAUUCUAAUUUAUUUGAGAUUAAAAAUAAUUGAAGAAUUCUUAUUAACAUUUUAAUGCACUCAAACUGUCUACUCCUUUUUCAUAUCUGUUUUCGUCUCGACUUUAGAACUGCUCUCUUCAGCUUCUGGUUGCUUUCUUUUUGACAACAUUCCAGGUCUAUACAGAGGUAUUGUUGGCCGAUCCUUAUUCCUUAUCCUUCUAGAAUUGGACGAACUUGCCUCGUUUUUAUCCAAAUAAUCCUUCUCUUUUUGCUUGUCGUCAAAAUUAAAUUCCUUUUCAGAUGAUGAGGUUACUCUCUUGGAUGAACUUGCUUCAUUUGUUUCAGCAUAUUGCUUUUCUUCCUUCGUGUCAUCAAUAUCUAAUUCCUUCUCAGAUGAUGUUGAAGCUUGUUUGACAGUUUCUUCAGAAGCACUUUUCAGCUUGUCAGUAAAUUUGGAUUUUUCAUUUGAAUCAGCUUUUUUUUCAACUUCUAUGGGUGUUGAAUUUGUUGCUUUUGCCUCCUCUUCAAUUUUCUUUAGUACUGCUUUUUGGGCUUCAAUUUUUCUUUCUUCGCGCAUCUCACUGUACUUUUUAAUUUUUUUAGGAUAUGUUUUAGUUGGGGUUUUAGUGUCUUCUUUUUUAUAUUCAUCAUAAUGUUUUGGUCUAAAGUCUCUGUGGGAAUAAUCAUCUCGUUUAUUAUAUUCUCUACUGACUUCUGUAUAUUCUUUCUUGGGAAAUCUUGGUUUGAUUUCCUUCCUUUCCUUUUUCUCUUCUGGUUUUUUAUCUUUAGAUUUAUUCUCAGGAGGUUGCUUGUCAUCCUUUUUUUCUCUUGGACUUUUGUUCAAUUUUUCCUCAGAUGGUUCACUUUUAAUUUGUUCCCUGGGCGAUUCAUUCUUAGGCAACUUAAUAGGUUUUUUACCAUAUAAUUUAGUAGGUGAUUUAUCUUCAUAAUGAUUCUCAUCGUAAUAUUUGCCAUAUUUCUUAUUUUCAUAUUCUUUUUUGCGUUUUUCACGCUCUUCUCGUCUGACUUCCCUUAUCUUCUGUUUUUGAGCUCUUUUAUUUUUGAUGAAUUCCAGAAGUGGUGUAGUUAUGUCCUUAUUCUUGUCAUCUCCUCUUUCAUUUAAUUGUAACGUAUAUUCAGGCUUUGCUUCUUGUUCCACAGGCUUAUUUAGACUGGCAACAAAUUCCAAAUAAUAUGUAUCCUCUUCAAUGCUAUUACAUUUUGGAUCCAUACGUAGUUUUCCACGUUUUUUGGGGAUUUUUUGAAAGGCAGCAAACUCCACUACAGCCGUGUAUUCGUGGCCCUUAUUGUCAACAAACACAUAAUUGUCAAACUUUUCAUUAAAACCAUAAACAUCUUCAGGGCACACAAAAUUGAUGUAGACUCUGGAGAAAGCAUUUUCUCCCAAACUCAUAUCACCCUUUACAUGGUAUAUGUAAUUGUAAUCGGGAACUGGGGACGCUUGCUCUAAAAAUUGCACUAGGGUCAUCGUUGGCGGUAAUCUUCGAAUGAUCACUUUGGUGAACGGUUUUUCUUUUUUGUCUGGACGUUUAUUUGCAUCUGUUAAGGUCAUUAUAAUAGAUUGGGAACGAUCGGUCAUACAAAAUUCCUCUUUAUGUUGAUAUGUUCUACUUUACUUGGUUUACAAAAUUCAUCAUAAAUCAAUUCUUGUUACAACUUGGUCUGGUCAAUAAAAUAAAUAGAAAUAAUAUUACAAAUGACAUAUACAUGAAUGAA